GUUCGUAUUCAACUCGGUGUUGAUAGAACCCCUAUUGUGCAACUCCAUGGCAAGCACGAGGAACCAGAGAGCAAGGUGAUGGUAGUUUGGUCGGGAAGCGCACAGAGCUCUUUCUCCUCUCCGCCUACUACAGUCCCGGAAUUUAAUAUAUAAACCGUAUCAUCGCCGUCAAGCACAUCUAAGUUCUACGCUAGACACGCUGUUUUCCACGCCACUACUCAGCCAAUAUGAAGCUCAUUUACCUUGCUGCCCCCUUUACCAUGUCGGUGCUCGCCCUGCCGCGUGAUAGGGGCGAAUGGAUGCCUCCCCAAGGAGAUGCUGUUCGUGGCCCUUGCCCUAUGUUAAACACACUCGCCAACCAUGGUUAUCUGCCUCGUAACGGAAAAGGCAUCAGCAGGGACGUCGCCAUCGAAGUUUUGGACACAGUCAUCAAUUGGGAUGUCAGCGUAGUUGGCCCCUUAUACGACUUCGCGCAGCCUGUCAAUCCGGCACCAAACGCCACGACUAUCGACUUAGACCAACUCACUACUCACAACAUACUCGAGCACGAUGGCAGCUUGAGUCGACAAGAUGCCUUUUUCGGCCCAGCCGAUGUGUUCCAUGAGGAGACCUGGAAUGAGACGCUCUCAUACUUCACCACCCCAAAUAUCAAUGUGGCACAAGCAGCUAGAGCUCGCACGGCUCGCAUAGUCACAGCAGCAUCAACCAACCCCUCAUUCACCCUACCUCAAAUCGGAGCUUACUUCGACUAUGGAGAGACGGCGGCCUACCAGUUCGUCUUUGGCACCUGGAACCUUGGAGCUGACAACAUUAAGGACAAGAUAUCGACCUCCCUCGAAAUGGUAGAAUACUUUUUCAGGUACGAACGACUACCUUCGGAAAAGGGCUGGGUGCGGCCCAUAAACCGCCUCACGUACGAAGUUCUAGUCAACUUUGUGCUUGAGAAUCAGGCUUUGACUCAGGGCCAGAUGAAUGGGACUAUCCCUUAUUAGUGUAUUAGACCACGUCAGUCUCGACGUUUUAGAUCUGUUGGCAUGUACGGUGGGCGUGGCUAUACUACCCCUCACAGUGGAUUCCUUCAGUGACUAGAACUUCAACUAAACAACAUCAAUACAACCCCUUGGCAACCCUUUCGUUCAACAGAUCACAUAACCGCUCACCGCUUAUGCUUAAGCGCAACUUGAGUUAGCUUAAACUUAAAUCAGUCUUAGUCAAGUUAAUUUAGGAUCGCUUAGUCUGGCUGACGAAGUCUAUGACUCGGAAGUCAUCCUUUACUCGUCACCAUAUGAUUAAAAGUGUGUUUCUAUAUUUACCAACAGAACCGCCAUUUCACUCAUUGUGACAAUACUUUCCUUCAUCAUGAGACGGUCGCAUAAGACUGCGCCACGUUGUUACCACUAACUGAUAUUGCUUCCUUUUGAAUAUAUGGGCUCAAAAAGUAUAGGGGUGGCAGCCCAGCGAAUCUCGAUAUGGGAGAGCCGGCUUAUAUGAUACAGGCAGCUCU